CCUCCUCUUUUUCUCUCCCCUCUAGGCGUUAUUUCUUUUAAUCAUGUUUCUGGCAGUAUUUGUCCUAUGAGAAAGAGCUUGUGGUGACAAGGCAAAAAUACAAAUUUGCUGUCCCAGUUCUCUCGUGGAAUGUUGAGUCCAAAAUAUGUGUUUUUCCCCACAGCCAUUAACUGAGGACAAAGUUGAGUAACGUGAGUUGUUGAUAGAGGAAGUAGGGAAGGGGUAUGAGGAAUGUUUAACACAUCUCUUGUCUUAGAUGCGGCAACCAAGAAUCCACUUAAAAAAAAGAUAAGACCCCCCCCUCCUUGUCUUGUUCAAAUACUUGCCAUAUAAGAAGUUAAUUAAGCCCCACUGGAAAAGAUUUUUUUCAGAAUCUUUUUCAUAACCUACCGAUUCCAUUGGACGAUAAUUUAGUAUUUAUGCUGACACAAUGAAGGAAGAACGAACGAGACAGGUUCUCUCGGGACAGGCCUUCAGUGACUAAAUACAUGACUCAUGUUUCUUAUUAACCUCCUGGAAUGAAUGGGUGUAUAUGUCAUAUAAUAGCAUACAAGCAUAACCUGUCAUUUCUCCUCCCAUCUCUAUUUUCUAUCUUCAUUCAGAGUAUAUGAUUGCUGACAAUGGAGGACAACAAAUGAUCUCCAUAAGCGAUGCUUUCAUCAAAGAGUCACUUUUUAACCGGAGGGUUGAAGAAAAAUCCAAAGACCUUUUCUUCACACCGCUAGGCUGGCAUCACAGCAAUCUGGAUCUGCUGAGGGAGGAGAAUGGGGAAAAACAAGCCAUGGAGAGGUUGCUCUCUGCUAAUCAUAACCACAUGAUGGCUCUCCUUCAACAGCUGCUAUACAAUGAAGCAUUGUCCCUCUCCUGGCGUGAUAUAAUUGUGCCAGUGGUCUGCCAGGUGGUUCAGACCGUUCGGCCGGACGUCAAGAACAGAGAUGACGACAUGGACAUUCGCCAGUUUGUCCACAUCAAAAAAGUGAGUCACUCUGUGUGUUUAGAACUGAAAAAAAAAAGAAGAAAAGAAGGAGGGGAGCUUUUUUGA